CACAAUAUGAAUCAAACUUGAUUGAUGUAGGUUCGAUGGUCAAGAUUUCUUAUCGAGGCUUGAAGGGAAAAGCAUAAUGUUUGUAGGAGAUUCACUGAGUUUAAAUCAGUGGCAAUCACUCACAUGCUUGCUUCAUAAAGCUGUGCCACACGCUAUCUAUCAAUCACAUAGAACUGGAGGCCUCUCCACUUUCACAUUCCCAACUUUUUGCAUGCAGACGUUCAAGACUAAAGUGAUGUUCUCUCGCAACGCAUUUCUGGUUGAUAUUGUAAACACAAAGACAGGGCGAAUUCUAAAACUUAACUCCAUUCAAAGUGGGAAGCAGUGGAGGCAAAUCGAUGUCUUGAUCUUCAACACAUGGCACUGGUGGCUUCACACCGGAAGGAAACAACCAUGGGAUUUGAUUGAAGAUGGAAGUGAAACAAUCAAAGACAUGGAUCGCUUAGUAGCCUUUGAGAAAGCGUUGAACACUUGGGCUAAUUGGGUUGACACAAAUGUCGAUCAAACCAAAACCAAGGUCUUCUUUCAAGGGGUUUCCCCUGAUCAUACCAAUGGAGUUGAUUGGGGGGAAUCAAGUGCAAGUUGUGAGAAACAAACAAAACCAGUAAUGGGGUCAAAGUAUCCAGGAGGUGAACAUAAAGCAGAGAUAGUAGUGGAGAAAGUGAUAAGAAGAAUGAGAAAUCCGGUGUAUUUGCUGAACGUGACAAGAUUAUCACAGUUAAGAAAAGAUGGUCAUCCUUCCUACUAUGGCAUCGGCGGCCACAAAGUUCCUGACUGCAGCCACUGGUGCUUGGCCGGUGUUCCUGAUACUUGGAACCAGCUUCUAUAUGCUGCUUUAAUUCAAACCUAAACUAGUUAUGCAUGGUGCUCAUUGUUAAAACAAUAAUUUCAUUUUCAAGGCAACAGCUAACGAUAUUAAAAUUGGCUCUGUUGAUGUUAAUGUGUUGUCUCAGUUUCAAUGGUCAGUAUUAUAUCGUGUUA